AAUCACUGCGGCUUCAUUUCGGCGGACGUUUCGUACGGUAAGAAAUGGAUCCCUUUUUGAAUUGUUUACAAAGACUGAAGUCCAAAUUCAUCCCGAUUUCUCAUAUUUGUGCAGAUUUGAAGUACAAAGGCGUAACACGGAAGUAAGCACGAAGCAACGGGAUUCAAAAUGUUGAAAUACAGAGGCACAGUCCUCUCGCUUUCGGUUGUCGCUGUGCAUCAGUGUCCGUUUUGCUGUCAACUAACUAGCUCAGGCCUAACGACAUGUGUUGUGUUUUGUCUUUAUUUCAUAACUAGUGUGCCCAACGUUAAAAGACAAUCAGCCUCUCAUCGGGGAUGUAUUUAAUCGAGAUAUUUUACACUGUUUUCAAUUUUCCCAACCUCCAAUAUCAGAAUAUUUAUCCGAAACAUCCCGAUGCCUCUUACGCGGGUUAAUUUAAUGCUAGACUCACGUCUGCCACUGCAGUCUUCUGUUGUGGCUUUAUCUUUGCCCGCAAACAAAACAUUGAAGAUGCAUGAGCUGUACAUUGUGUUUCAACGUUGCAGCUCCACGUGGCUGAUUAGAGUCUGAAAGCAUCAGCAUGGAAAUGAUGAAGAUCGAGCAAGUCAUUGUUGGGAAUGAGAGGAGAUCCACCACGGCGGCGGAGAUCAAGUCUGAGCCCGUGGUCGCCCCUCUACAGUCCUAUCAGCACGAGAGUCUGCAAUGUUUUCAGUGCUUCAUCACUUUCUGUAACUCCAAAGCCAAGGAGAGACACAUGAGGAAGAGUCAUCGGGACCAGUACAAACAGCACCUGCAGCAGACUGAUACAGUCUUCACUUGCUAUAAGUGUGACAAGAGCUUCUCCUACUCGGAGGAGCUAAGCCAGCACCAGGCCACCCACAGCACAGAGGAGAAGCCCUUCCUUUGUGCUUUCUGCCAGAAAAACUUCUUUACCUUCACUGAGCUGAACAAACACAGACGACAUGAGUGCAUAGAACGACGGUGUCCCUGCAGGGACUGUGGCGCCUUGUUCCCCAGCCCUUCACGCCUUCGCAACCAUCGCAUUUCAGUGCACCCCCAGCACCCCAUAGUGGAUGAUGACAUCAACACCUUCCAAUGCUGCAAAUGUAGUCACGGUUUCAAGACGGAAGAAGAGCUUCUGCAGCACCAGGAGAAAUUUGCCAAUGAUAUAAACUGUGGCGUUAAGCCGCAAGGCAAAAAACGUGGCCGUAAACCCAAGAACGCAGCUCAAGGAGGGAUGGUUGAGAGCAAGAAGAUCAAACAAGAAGACGAAGCAGGAAACAAUAACUCUACAACAGAGGGUUGCACCUCCAAUGAGCUGCAACCCGAGCUCAAGAUCCCUUGUUCCGAAGCAAACUGUGACCUCAUAUUCCCUUCUGUUGCAGCACUGCGGGCACACAAAAAGGAGGCACAUGGGCCUCCCCCUCGCAAUGCUCACACAUGUACAGAGUGUGAUGAGAGCUACACUCAGCCUGAGCAGCUCAAAGCACACGUGGCCAGCGAUCACCACUCUGGAUACACCUGCCCCAUCUGUGAAAAGAGCUUUGCACAAGAGAGCACCCUGAAGAUCCACCAGAACACCCACGCUGAAGGAGAGGUGGCAGCAGAAAAAAGAUAAUAUAUGGGUAAAAGACUGUAACUUCAUCCUACGUCAUUCACAUAAAUGAUUAUCUGAGUGUUUUGUACCAUAAUCUGUCUAGUGUAGGUAGAAGAUUUCUAUGUGAAUAUUUUAGGGUGAGAGUUUUUGAAGCAAGGUUAUGCAACACAUGACUUAUGGAGGUUGUUUCUGGAAUGCCGUUUUUCAAUUGCUUUUAGAAAGACAUCCCACGCUUGCAAAUAAAACUCUGUACAGAUCUAUACAUAAUUAUGAUUGAUGUCCACUAUAAGCUCAUGUCACAAGGCCCUUGCUGUCCAUAUUACCUCUAUUGUACCUGGAUUUGUUUUUUGUUCUUGUAGACUAGCUAGCUAAUUCUCCCUAAAAUGUGGGAAUGUUUUUUAUUUUCAGGAUGUACACAUAAGGGUGUCAAUUACACAGAGAAUGUAAGUCCUAAACAUAGAACCCAAAAUUCUGAAAAAUGGCCAGUGUAUAGGAUGCUGUAAUGAUGGACUUCAACAAGUAAAUAAUUCUUGCAUUAAA